GCUCAUUUUCUCCCGCGGGUGAAGCUGCCGAACGCCAUGGGUCUGCGCAAGAAGACCAAGAGCCCGCCCGUGCUGAGCCACGAGUUCGUGAUCCAGAACCACGCCGACAUCGUGUCCUGCUUCGCCAUGGUCUUCCUGCUCGGACUGAUGUUCGAGGUGACAGCUAAAAUUGCUGUCUCGUUUGUCACUGUCCAGUACAAUAUUACAUUUCCUACGACAGAUGAAAAGGCUGAACAGGCUACUCUUUACCAUUAUGGUUUUAAAGACGUUGCCACAGUUUUCUUUUACACGUUGAUUGCAAUCAUUCUCCAUGCCAUCUUGCAGGAGUAUGUGCUAGAUAAAAUCAAUAGGCGGAUGCACUUUUCAAAAACCAAGCACAGCAAAUUCAAUGAAUCUGGACAACUCGGUACCUUUUAUCUGGUUUCUUUUAUCUGGGGGACAUGCAUUCUAGCUUCUGAAAAGUAUGCAACAUAUCCCACAAAUUUAUGGGAAAGCUACCCUCAUACACAAAUGCCAUUUCAGGUGAAAUUUUUCUACAUUGCUCAGUUGGCUUACUGGUUACAUGGCUUGCCAGAACUUUAUUUUCAGAAAACCAGAAAGGAGGAUAUUCCUCGGCAGCUUUUGUACACAGCUUUGUACAUCUUCCACAUUGCUGGAGCUUAUAUAUUAAACCUAAACCGUUUUGGCCUGGUACUUCUGGUGCUACAUUAUUUUGUGGAGUUUCUUUUUCACAUAUCCCGUCUGUUUUACUUCAGUGAUGAAAAGAAGGAGAAAGGAUUUACUGUUUGGGCCUUAUUGUUCGUAGUGACACGACUGCUUACUCUCUCCCUAUCUGUCCUGACGUUUGGAUUUGGCCUUGCAGGAGCUGAAAAUCAAGGUCUUGAUUUAGCUGCUGGAAACUUUAACAUACUGGCUGUAAGAAUAAGUGCCCUGACUUGCAUUUGCUUGACUCAAGCUUAUAUGAUGUGGAAGUUCGUUAACUUCCAGCUUAAGAGGUGGAAAGACCAUGCACAACUCAACUCCCUAAAGAAGAAAGCUGGCAAUACAAAAAGCAAAACAGCUAGAAAAGGAGAAAACAGAGCUAACGGAAUGAAUGGGACUGUGAAUUCUGAACAUGGAGAUUCACCACGUGCAAGAAAAGCAAAGUCCUCCUGAAGAUGAAUUCUAUCGUUACACAACUUCCCAAAUAGAUAUUUUCUUUUUCUUUUGACGUCCCCCUUUAAUGUUUGACUUGCUACGGCAAGUAUCCUUUGGUGCCAAUUUUCAUAAAAUUGUUGUGUUCAAACAAAUGCUUUGCAGAGACAAUAAAGCCAUAAAAUAAU